AUGAGCCACCGGGGCGAGCGGCCCUUCUCCUGCCCCCACUGUGAGAAGGCGUACGGGCUGAAGCGCGACCUGAAGGAGCACCUGGUGCUGCACACCGGGGAGAAACCCUACCCCUGCCAGCACUGCGGGAAAGCCUUCGCCCGCCGGCCCUCCCUGCGCGUCCACCGCCUCCUGCACUGCAGCCGGAUGAGCUACACGCAGCCCCCCAAGGUGCUCUAA